GUUUGUCAUCCAUAUACCGGUUUAUUACUUUUUGGCAUACGUCUAGAGGUCCCCCUUGUGGCCAUGCAGCCAUUCAUUUAGGUAACCUCACUAAUCUGCAGACAACUCUCCAGCCAGUCAAUCCAGAAAAAGUCAGUCUUGUCACUAGACCAUUUCUCAGUCAGCAGCAUGGCAGACUUUCUGCACAGGCUGUGCCAUCCAGGCACAAAGACUACUUCACAAACUGUUGAGGAGCGUGGCAAAUGGAGCAGCAAAAGGGAGUUCAUCCUGUCUGUGGCUGGUGCUAUUAUCGGACUUGGCAAUGUGUGGAGAUUUCCAUAUCUUUGCUAUAAGAAUGGUGGGGGUGCAUUCUUCAUUCCUUACAUUCUGUUCCUUGUGACUUGUGGCAUUCCCCUGUUUAUGCUGGAAACAGCGCUGGGCCAGUACACCAGUCUGGGGGGAAUCAUGUGCUGGAGGAAGGUCUGCCCCUUGUUUGAAGGCAUGGGAUACGCCAGCCAAAUGAUCAUUUUCUAUGGAAGCAUGAGCUACAUCGUGAUUUUAGCCUGGGCCUUUCUCUACUUUUUCUCCUCCUUCUCCCGAGAGUUGCCAUGGACCUCCUGCAACAACACGUGGAAUACAGAUCAAUGUGUGGUAAUAAACAACUAUAAUGCCACUGCUAACUGGACCUCACCUGCGAAUGCCACAUCGUCUGUUACAGAGUUUUGGCAACGACGGGUGUUAAGUAUAUCCAGUGGCAUCGAGGUCUUGGGAAAGAUCCAGUGGGACCUUUCUUUGUGCCUUCUCCUGGCCUGGGUCAUCUGCUACUUCUGUGUGUGGAAGGGGGUGAGAUCCACAGGAAAGGCUACCUACUUCACCGCCACGUUCCCUUUCCUCAUGUUGAUCGUGCUGUUUGUCAGAGGGAUGACCCUUCCUGGAGCUUUCCAUGGUAUCACGUACUACCUGUACCCCAAUCCCACCCGACUCGCCGACCCACAGGUCUGGAUGGAUGCUGGAACGCAAAUAUUUUAUUCCUACGCCAUUUGCUUGGGAUGCCUGACGACACUUGGGAGCUACAACAAGUACAACAACAACUGCUACAGGGACUCCUUCUAUCUGUGCUUGUUGAACAGUGGGACCAGCUUUGUAUCUGGCUUUGCCAUUUUCUCAAUUCUGGGCUACAUGUCGCAGAAGCUGGGUGUCGACAUCGCGACGGUUGCUGAGAGCGGUCCCGGCCUUGUCUUCAUAGUCUACCCACAAGCCGUGACCCUGCUGCCAUGCCCUCAAGUUUGGUCGGCGUGCUUCUUCGCCAUGAUCGUCUUGCUGGGAAUAGACGGUCAGUUUGCGGGGCUUGAAAGCAUCAUGACCUCCUUUGCAGAUAUCUACCCUUCCCAUAUCCGAAAGGGAUACCGCAGAGAGCUUUGUCUGAUGCUGAUCUGUGCUUUUUCCUAUGUGUUUGGCCUGUUCUUGGUGUCAGAGGCUGGCGCGUACAUUCUGCAGAUUUUUGAUCAUUAUGUAUGCAGCGGUCCGACUCUUCUUCUGAUGGCAAUCUUCCAGUCAGUUAUAAUUGGAUGGAUUUAUGGUGCUGAACGCUUCUGUGACAACAUCGAGGACAUGAUUGGCUACAAGCCUCUAUCGCUGAUCAAGUACUGCUGGCUGUAUGCCACCCCAAUCACCUGCAGCGGCACCCUGGUGUUUUUGCUCCUGAGAUACACCCCGCUGAGGUUCAACAACUCCUACGUGUAUCCGUGGUGGGCCUACUGCAUCGGCUGGUUUCUGACCCUAUCGUCUCUGUCUAUGAUCCCGUUAACCAUGAUCUGCAAACUGGCCAGAGUCGAAGGGACGCUCUGGCAGCGUCUCAAGACCAGCUCCCAGCCCGCAGACGACCUUCCAGUGAUGGCAAAGGACCUGUCGAGCGUCAAUGUUCCACUCCGUGACGGUGGGAAGCACAGCCACGGUUAAUCCAGCGACAAUCUUUAAAAAGAGAGUUUGUUUUUUUUUGUUAUGUUAAAACAAUAUGUAGACGGUGUAGUUUGCUGUUAAUUUGGUGGGUAGUAUUAUUUACCUCUACUGGUUUUAGGGUAAGACGAAAUAAUAAUAAUGAAAUUAUAUUAAGAAUUGUUGCUGUUGACUGUAAUAUCAUGCUGAGUUGAAACCUCUUGUCUGUUAAUCGCAAUUUAAAUACCACAAAACUCAACAGUGGCUUUUCUGCAUACUUUAGCUCACUUAGUACAACAACCACGUGAAUGAAUGUGCAGGUACAGUCAUGCAGGUGAAAGAAAAGAAAAAAAAAACUACUUAAGAGGCGAUUAACACUCAAUCUACUUCAUCAGGAAUGUGUGGAUCAGGUUUGAGCAGAUUUUAAUGACAGUGGUCACCAUGGCAAAAAAGAAAAAAGAAAAGACCCGAUACCUCCCGGGCAGCAUCACGACUGUAGACGAGGGGGGACAGCAGACCGAGUCCCGUCUGUGGGCAGAGCUGUAGACGGCCUCCCUGGUUCUCACCUCGUUUUUUUUUUUUCCUCCCCCUGUUUCGUCUCAACUGCCUGAGCAGUCGUUCAUAUGAUUUCAUCUGUGAAACUCUCCAAAGCUUCCAACGCCGUGGCCCACCGUCACCAUGAUCAGCUUCAGACACACAUGCUGACGUUCUUACUGUUUUGAUGUGAAUUUUAACUGUAACCAACUAUUUUUUUAAACAAAAAAAAAGAUUUUCUACAUGAUAAAGAUUUUUCUACAUUAUUAAGAGCGGUUAGUGAGAGAUUUAUCUGUCUAAUAUUUUAUACAUUCAGAAUAUAUUUUAUUAUUUUCUUCCUAAUUUACUUGUUAAAAACAUAUAAUAAGCCAAAUAAAUAGACCUCCUCAUGGCUGUCAAAAAAGUGUUCAGCUACUUUGCUGCUUGAAUUUAUGAUACAGAAACUACAGUGCCUUAAACACUAUUUUUACUUGUUGUUUUUUUUAAAGGUACAUAGAAUUUCCUUGGAUUACUGUAUUGAUAAAGGCUUUUUUUUUUAUUUAACUUUUGUCUUUAAAUAUUACAUUUAUAUAAUUAAAACAAAAACUUUCUGGGGUGAUAUAGCUGGUAUAUUUUAAUUAUGUAUGCAUCUGUGUAAGGUGAGUGUAAUGACAUGCAAAGUGAUCAAUAAAUGACUACCAGGCGUUGAUAAA